AUGGAGCGCUUCAACGUCUACAAGGGCCAAGAUCCCCAAACAACUCGCAUGAUCUACUUCGGCGAGCUCAAUUACAAACGGUCCUUCCGGACGUUUCAUGCCCUAUGGUGGGCGAUGUUUGCCUUUGCGAAGCAACGUCUCGGGCUCGAUGUAUCGCCUCUCCUGGAAGCUUUUCGCGACGCGGUGCUCGAGAACAUACACAAUCCUGGAGUCUUCACUGCGCGAGAGGCCUAUUGCGCUAUGUGGCCCACUGUGGACGGAGACAUCCCUGAAAUGAGCAACAAGCAGAUGGAAACCGCACGGAACCUCAUGACCUACCUUGAAGACUUGGCAAAGUCAGCGGAAUCUACAAAGGCAGACGAUGAUAUGGAGAUUCUCGCAAGACGCACAGCUGAACUGAGGGUGAGCGGUGGACAUGAAGAAGCCGUCAAGCGGAUGAUGGAACAACGCAUCGCCGAGCUGCGAACUGGCAAUCCUACUGUGCAAACGAGACCUCCCUAGCUCGAUCAUCUCCCUGAAGGGAUGUCUCGCAAGGACCGAAAGAAGGCUCUGAGGGCUCUGCGAGUAGCUUAUACCGAGAAGACCGCGGCGAAUGCUGGCGCAUCCUUCGAACCAAAUGCAGAGGCAUCUUAUGAGCUGCGCCACUUGAAUACCGUUGUAAACAGCCUCUUCCGCCAAUCCACGAGAAUAAUCGCUUUGGAAGACGCCCAAUACUUUGGUGGAUGGAAGGGCGCUAGUUUCUAGCUAAAAUAGUCGUAGGUUCUUGCUGUUGUUAGGACUGGGAAUUUUGUCAGUGGGUGUCCUACCUUUGGAUGCUCGGCUUUGAUGAUUAGUUCGGGCUCUCAAGCAGGUUUUAGCAAUGACCGUUGAAAUUCUAGGCGUAUAAUCACCGAGCCUCUAGGCGUUAAUGUUAUGUAUGCA